CAUUUACUGAUGAACCUUCAAAAAAGAGGAGGAUGUUAGUCUCUUGUGCUCCAUCAGAAACCAAGCCUGUUCGGGAAGAGCUGACUUUCUGUGUUGGAACUCAUCUUAUUCCACACCCCAGCAAGGUUGAAAAAGGAGGGGAAGAUGCUUUCUUUGUGAGCAGCUACAAUGGGGGAGUUAUUGCUGUUGCUGAUGGUGUAUCUGGUUGGGCUGAACGAAAUGUGGAUCCGUCAUUGUUUCCUAAAGAAUUGAUGGCCUAUGCUUCGUCUUUUGUGGACGAUGUGGAGGUGAACGAUAAUCCUCAGGUUCUGAUAGGAAAAGCACAUGCUGCUACCUCCUCUAUAGGUUCUGCUACCGUGAUUGUUGCCAUGCUGGAGAGGAAUGGCGUCCUGAAGAUUGCCAAUGUCGGGGAUUGUGGACUUCGGGUUAUUCGUGAAGGUAAAGUAUAUUUUUCUACAUCUCCACAGGAACAUUAUUUCAAUUGUCCCUUCCAACUUAGCUCUCAAGCUUUCGGCCAAACUUACCGUGAUGCAGUGCUUAGCACUGUUGAGUUGAUGGAAGGAGACACCAUAGUAAUGGGUUCGGAUGGACUUUUUGAUAACGUAUUCGACCAUGAAAUUGUUUCAACAUUGACAGGAUACAGAGAUGUUGCAGAGGCUGCAAAGACGUUAGCUAAUUUGGCAAGCAAUCAUUCCCUGGAUUCGAACUUUGAUUCUCCCUACAUCAUCGAGGCCAGAGCCAGCGGUUUUCAAGCUCCUUUUUGGAAGAAAAUACUUGGAAUGAAGCUAACAGGUGGAAAGCCAGAUGAUAUCACUGUGGUGGUCGGUAAGGUUACAAGCCUAUGA